AUGCCCUGGACACCCCAGCCUGGACACCCCAGCCUGGACACCCCAGCCUGGACACCCCAGUCUGGACACCCCAGCCUGGACACCCCAGCCUGGACACCCCAGCCUGGACACCCCAGCCUGGACACCCCAGCCUGGACACCCCAGUCUGGACACCCCAGCCUGGACACCCCAGCCUGGACACCCCAGCCUGGACACCCCAGUCUGGACACCCCAGCCUGGACACCCCAGCCUGGACACCCCAGCCUGGACACCCCAGCCUGGACACCCCAGCCUGGACACCCCAGCCUGGACACCCCAGUCUGGACACCCCAGCCUGGACACCCCAGCCUGGACACCCCAGUCUGGACACCCCAGCCUGGACACCCCAGUCUGGACACCCCAGUCUGGACACCCCAGCCUGGACACCCCAGUCUGGACACCCCAGCCUGGACACCCCAGCCUGGACACCCCAGCCUGGACACCCCAGCCUGGACACCCCAGCCUGGACACCCCAGCCUGGACACCCCAGCCUGGACACCCCAGCCUGGACACCCCAGUCUGGACACCCCAGUCUGGGCCCCUUCAGGGUAA